AUGAAUAUGUUGGAUGAUGAAGAUGACCAAAGCUUUCCCGCUACGCGUGACGGCUACUCCCAUUUGAGCGAUGUCGAAUGGGAUGCGGUUGAACGAAUGGGUUCGACCAUGGGCAUCCAUGCUGUUAGCGUCAUGCUAGAGGCUCUCAAUAGAGAUGCCCAACAUGCUACUAUCGCCAAGUUCAUUCAAAAUGAACUUGACGCCGAACGCGAGAAAGUAGCCUUGCUUCACCAACAAGGUUCUCAACAAGCAGAGUUGUUGAGAGAACAAGGUGCUCAACAGUUUGAACUGUUGAGACAGCAGCAGGCUGCUGCUGGCGGGUCGAUGCAUUCGCGUCGACCCGAGACUUUGAAGAUUGACAUCUCAAAGUAUAGGGGGGUCGAAGAAGACUCCCUCUUGAGAUGGUUCGUCGAAUUGGAUGACGCCAUAAGGGCGCGUCGCAUCGACGACGGGGAUAUGCAAGUUGCAUUUGCCCAAUCAAAUCUGGCAGGACGUGCCAAGACUUGGGCACUGGGGCUCAAGCUGCACGACCCAAAUGCGUUUGGGUAG